CCUGCCAAGCCUGUCACGCCUUACACCUGUCGUGUGACAAUAAGAACCCUUGCAGUAGAUGUACCAGAUUGAAGAAGGACUGCUUUCCGCGUUAUCCACGCUUACCACGGGUUCAUCCAGGGAGGCAAAGUUCUGCGAAAUUCGGCGGCACUAGAUCUGACCCGCUCCGUGCCUGUAACGACCGGUUCAUCGGCGAAGUACUACAAAUACUUUCAUUGCGCUGCGGUUGCCAGCAAACGACAGCGGCCGGGCACUCAGACGGAGCUCAGAGGGUCGAGGGAGACAACAUUGGAGCCGUCGCCGACAGGCUUAAUUGGCUUGCUCAGAAUCCCAACGUUGUACGAGCGCUCGACGAUACUCGGCUACAAUGGAUGUUCAGAACCUGGGCUUGCAUCAUCGACAAAUCCGGCCCCAACACCGAGCAGACCCCGACGGCCAUCGACAUACGCACAGCACCCGUCACCUUAACGCCGCUCCAGACAACCGGUAUUCCGUCGAACCGUCCCGUUGCAGCCCCGCAACUGAAUCAGCCCGCUCAGGCCUCAGGGUUCCAGUUGCCCGCUGAGUAUCGAAGCACAUAUCCGCCGGCAGCGCACUCUAUCAGCAUCUUUCCAAGCCAAGUCACCGCUUCUCAGACGGCUGUGGGCUACCAGCAGCACGGCUCGGCGUCGGGCGAAGAGCCACCAUGGAAAAGGCAGAGGGUCGCUAGCUACGAGCAAGGAUACGCUCCCAACUUGAAAGAUACCGCGUCCUAUUUUUGUCAACCUCCGAGCCUCCCUCGAGAUAUUCUGGUGACGCGUGACCAGAUCCAGACCGCACACCCCACUGCGGCCGCUCCAGCUUGUGCCGACGGUACAAACACUAUCACGAGUAUGAUGCGUGGGUCUUACGUCGUAUUUUAUCCUUCGUCCCUCCUGACUUCACCGUUCCGAGCUAUAUAUAGCCCAAUCUCGUUCACGCUACAUCCUGGAGGUUAUUACCAGGCAGGCCCGAUUCUGGACUUGAAACUUCGCGUUAUUGUACGCCAGGAAGCGGAGAUCUUCCCCACCGACAAGCCAUCUUCCUUUGAGAUACCAGCAUCGGAAAUUGUUAAGCAGCUGGAGCGGGUUGGACGGAUAGCUUCUUACAGCAUCAGAAAAGGCAAGUUCGUCAAUGUUGCAGUCGUUGGCCGGACUUUCGAGCUUCAGUGGGAGGGAUUUCACUUUAGACCAUCAGAGGUCCAGAGUAUGACCCUGUAUAACCUCAUCUCUACAUUUUCACGAUAAAUUCAAGUACAGCACCUUCUGUUACAAUUCGUCCCCCCCGUGGAAAUUCUUCCCACAUAUAUAGCCAGUCUCCCUCUUCCAUGUCCGGCCCAUUCUCAAAGGCGAUAUUCUCGCGAAACGAUAUCGAAAUAUAUACGGCGACGAUGUUCUCGAUCUCGUUGCUCUCGUCCGAAAUGAAUUUAAGCUGAUCCUUCUUUGCAUUGAUCUAUCUUUGGUAAGCUUCUUAGCAAAGAGAUUAGGGCUAUCCAUCCUUACCGCAUUAGCUAGCAUUUCCAAAACCUGGUCCUUUGUCUUAUUCUUUACGUCAACUGGCAUCUUGUAGAUCGUUUCUCGUGUUUUGACUUGGCUUG